AUGAAUCAUCUUCUCGCGAGGAAAGGGUCCUCGGCAUCUCUUACCCAGAAAAGGUCAAACCUAAGUCUGGCCAGCGACGAGAGACCGCGUGAGGAGAAGAGUGCUCCAUAUCGAAACCCGAGCUAUCCCACUUUCCUAUCUGAGGAUGUGCGUGACUACAAGAGCUACAUACAGGACUACGAUGACGGGAUAUCAGAUGCUAGCGAAGAGCUUUUAAAGAGGCUGCUCGAGACGGAACAGACGGCUCCGAAGGACACGCUCUUCAGCGACGACAUUUUCCAGAAGCACCUCCAGAAAUUGAAAGGGAAGAACGAAGCAAGGAUUAUUCAAGACCUCUCUCCACACCUUGUGCCCUCUGCCGAAGCCCUCGCCACCUUUAGAGCCCGUCAUCUCGACAGCGUCGUCGAAAGUGUGAAUAAGGGAUGGAAUAAUUGCAUCCCUGUCACGAAGCCCUGCCCACAGCCAGACAGUGCAUUUGGCUGUAGGUCGACCGCCUUUUUGGACGCCCAGCUCGAAAAACUUCGGCCCUUCCUAGGCGACGCUUUAUUCUCUUUAUACUUCAAGGCCACCUAUUACAUGUACUUUCCGUUCCUGGUAAAAGAGGUUAAGACUAGCGUUAUAGGACUCAAUAUCGCGGAUAAUCAGAACGCCCAUAGUGCCACAGUGGCUGUCCGAGCUGUUGUGGACCUGUUCAAGCUUGCGGGUCGCGAGAAAGAGCUGCACCGACAGAUUGUUGCCCUGUCUAUCUCUUACGACGAUAAGUUAGACAAGGUCACUAUCUGGCGUCGCACAAUCGAUCAAUUUUAUCUCGAUCCUAAAACGAAAUGGAACUCACGGACAUUCACACUUAAUGUUUUUAACAUCUUCUAUCCAAUGCAUCGAAAGCGAAUUUGUUCCGUUAUUAAUGACAUUGGCCUGGCCUCCCUCAGGCAAUCCGUUUCGCAAAACUUGGCAGUGUUCUGA